AUGCUGAUGUUUAUUUCCCUUGUAUUCUCUCUGUUUCCGUCCACUAAUCCAAGUGCUUUCCAAUGUUCAUCAGGUAAGAUAAUCUGAAUUUUGAUUAAUUUUAAUUGCAGAAAGUCAUGAUGAUUAUUUGUUGCAUCAGAAUUCAGUGGCCUCGGCCUUUCGGGCUUUGGAUAAAAUGUUUGUUUUCGAAUGGCCCUGCAAAUGUGAAUAUGACUGGCGAGACAUGUUCUGCUCGAGAUUGAGUGCCUAUAAAGUGGUCAACAAAAGAAUGGCCCCAUCAGUCUGUAUCUGCAGGUAAUGCGUUCGUUUCUACUACAAUCUUCCUUUUCAGACAACUGGACAACAAAAAAGACUGCUCCCAAUUUCUGACCCGUUGUUUCGAAAGUAGAAAGACAAGACGGGUAAACGAGUAAGUGACUUCCAAUAAUCUAAAGUGCCCGCAGAUGCGAUUGUUGCUUCAAACAACCGGAUGAAUACUGCCAUCAGUUGGAUUGUCGGAAAAUGAAGCCGGACUUUGGAGAAAAUGUCAACGUAUCUUGUUUGUGUUACACACAGGAGAACUAUCCCGAUUUCUUAUGUGGACAAGCAAAGAAAUCGACAAGGGAAAACAUGUACAGCAGACAGCAACAACCGUCGAAGUGGCCGUUUAAGGAGAAGAUCACCUUUGUAGGGCCAACCGAGCCAUCAAAGGAGUUAAUUGUGGAUCGUCCAGGUGCUCCUCAGAAGGCGGAAAAUCCCCUCUUCGUUCCCCUGGCUAUUGCUGGUUCAGUGGCCAUUGUUUUUGUAGUCAUCUUUGCGAUAGCGGUGCUUGUCAUCCAUCGGCGUACUCACAGGCCGGUCGAUUUUGAGCCGUCUGAUCUCAGAAAUCCCAUCCCGUUAGAAUCUUCUCUUCGAAUACGUCAGAUGAACGGCGACAAGUUCAGAAUUGCCGACGAAACUGAACUACAUCCGCUGAAUUCGAAACGAAAAGAACCUCAGAAAAUCUUUAUGUGA